UUAGCGACCUCCGGCUUUGAUGGCUUCCGCAAUUCUACCCUCACCGAUUCUAGUCUCUUGGGCGUCAAUGUCUAUCUCAAUCUGGUUAACUCUGCUGGUACUCACGCUGUACAGAUGCUGCCACAAUUUGUCAAAGCGCUCGCGAUCUUCGAUGCCUUGUAUCCCGCUGUAAUAUCGAUUCUCAUCUUGAUCGCAUACUUACAGAUUUUAGUACCUAGCCAGCAUGGACCUCGAGCGGUCUUGUGCAAAGGCUAG